UCUCCGCCCGCUCGCCCCGCCUCGCCUCGUCCUCCUCUUCUCCGCCCGCUCGCCCCGCCUCGCGGUCAACCACCCCCACCCGCUCGAGACCGUGCCCGCGACGCGCCUCUGCGCCCGUAAACAAUUUGCCCGCCCGAUCCCCACCAAGAAAUGCCGUGGAACCGCGCCGGCCCACGCCCCGCUGUACAGUUGUCGCGCGGCCGAGUAGUUUAAUCCCCGGGGGAGGAGAGCAGGGGGCCGACCCGGAUGGCCGUGCCCUCGUCGGGUUCCUGCAGACCCAGUCCCGGCUUUGAGGCGCCCCUCCGCCGCCGCGGCGGCCCUUUCUGGUUGCGUCUGGGAGGAAUGGUUGCGGAGUUGGUGGAUUCUACGCUGGGGUUUUAGGAGGAUUCCGGCGGUCCGGGCUCUCGGCUGGGGGUAGCGGAACUCCGAGUUUGUGGCCUGGAUUGGGCGCUGGAGCCGCUGAUUGGGUUGAAGUUUGGGAGGUAAAAGCUGCCAUUGUUCUUCUGACUUCAAAAGGGGAUGUGUUCUUCUGACUUCAAAAGGGGAUGGCUUUCCCAGAUGAUGGAAAGAUGAAGGGCUGUCAGCCAAAGCUUUUUGGGACAAAAGAUAAGAAAGUCGAUAAGAGGACAGACCGUGCAAGCUGCUCCACAGCUAAAUGUGGAUCAAGCAACUCGAAGUCACCAUCUUCGUCCCCCUUCCGGAAACUUUCAGCAGAAGUUAGGAGCAUACGACUAAGCCAUUUUCUAAGCCACUCUUCAAACGCUACAAAAUAUGAACAUAUCAGGAUAUUUGUCGCCACGUGGAAUGUUGGAGGAAAAGCACCUACCGCUGAGUUGAAAUUGGAUGAUUUUCUUCCUGCUGAUGACCAUUCAGAUAUUUAUGUUUUAGGGUUUCAGGAAAUUGUCCCUCUCAAUGCUGGUAAUGUGCUUGUGAUAGAAGACAAUGAACCAGCUGCAAGAUGGCUUGCUCUUAUAAACCGUGCGCUAAAUAGACAAGUUGGCACUGAUGCUGAUAUUUUUCAGAACAAACCAUCUCCCUCCCUUGAUUCAACCUCAUCCCAAUCAACGCCAGGCCUUGAUGCUUCAUCCUCCAACCGUUCAAGAACAGCUAGUGGUUCUGUAAUCUUUCAAAAGUCCUUGAAAUCCAUCAGGAAAUCUUACAUGCCAUCCCGGAGAAAACAGCUUAAAUUCUGCAAUUGCCCGGUGGAAAUGGCCAAAAAAUCCUACAAAGAUGCUUGCUUUCGGUGCCCACAAGCAUAUGCUAAUGAAAUGGACUCUUCUGAAGAGGACGAAUUGGAUGACAGAUUGAAUGAUAUAUUUGGUCUAAGUGAUGAUGGCGUUAUUUCGGCUGCUUCUGCCUACAGGGACCAGCUUAAGUAUAACCUCAUAUCUUGCAAACAAAUGGUUGGUAUUUUUGUCACAGUAUGGGCAAAGAAAGAGCUAGUGCAGCAUAUAGGCCAUUUGAGAACAUCCUGUGUUGGUCGUGGAAUAAUGGGAUAUCUUGGAAACAAGGGAUGUAUAUCAGUAAGCAUGACACUGUAUCAGACGAGCUUUUGUUUCAUCUGCAGCCAUUUGGCUUCAGGUGAGAAAGAAGGAGAUGAGUUGAGGCGGAAUAUAGAUGUGUUAGAGAUUCUGAGGCUCACACAAUUUCGAAGGAUUUGUAGAAGAUCUGGGCCAAGAAUCCCUGAGAGAAUUCUUGAUCAUGAUCGGGCAAUAUGGUUAGGGGAUCUGAACUACCGUAUUUCCUUGAGCUAUGAAGAUACCAAGAAACUUCUGACUGAAAACAACUGGGAUGCCCUUUUUGAGAAGGAUCAGCUCAAUAUCCAGCGUGCGUCUGGAAGAGUGUUCAAGGGGUGGAGUGAGGAGAAGAUAUAUUUUGCCCCCACAUACAAGUACUCUUGCAACUCUGAUUCUUAUGCUGGUGAGACAGCCACAUCAAAGAAAAAGAGGAGAACCCCAGCCUGGUGUGAUAGAAUACUAUGGCAUGGAGAUGGUAUUGCUCAGUUGUCCUACUUCCGAGGGGAGUCUAAAUUUUCCGACCACCGUCCUGUCUGCGGAACCUUUAUCGUGGAGGUUGAAAUGCUAGAUGGCAAAUCAAAACGGCGCUCAUCAAACACUAACAUUAGAAUCGGUGCUGAAGAGCUGUUACCGACAAGUAAGCACAACAAAACGGCGGGAUCUGUCUCUCUACCCGCGGAACGUGGCGACCACUUCCAACGGGCCCCUCGCCGCCGCCGUGCUCGCAUCCCCGCGCGCCGCCGCACGCCUCUUCCUUCCCUUCCCUCUCUCUCUUCCUCCGGAUCAGGAGCAGGAGCAGGUGGGUGGGUGAGAGAUCUCUCCGUUGCAAUGGCGCCGUGUUCUCCAUGGGCAGGGGACCGCCCUCCUGCCCUCACGCGGCUCCUCCUCGCCUUCCUCACCUUCCUCCUCACGCUCCUCGCCGGCCGCUGCGGCGCUGACGGGAGAGGCGGCAAGGGCAGCUCGGUGUACCCGGCGGCCGUCGUGUACCCGCACCACUCGCGCCAGAUCUCCUGGAAACCCAGGGUGUUCCUGUACCAGAGCUUCCUCAGCUACGACGAGGCCAACCACCUCAUCUCCCUCGCUAGAGCUGAGCUCAAGAGGUCGGCAGUCGCCGAUAACAUGUCUGGCAAGAACACGCUCAGUGAAGUCCGCACCAGCUCCGGCACCUUCCUCAGGAAAGGCCAGGAUCCAAUUGUUGCGGGUAUAGAGGACAAGAUUGCUGCAUGGACAUUCCUUCCAAAAGAGAAUGGUGAAGAUAUCCAAAUCCUAAGAUAUAAGCAUGGGGAGAAGUAUGAACCACACUAUGAUUACUUUACUGACAAUGUUAACACUGUCCGUGGUGGUCAUCGCUAUGCUACUGUUCUUUUGUACUUAACUGAUGUGGAAGAAGGAGGGGAAACAGUUUUCCCCUUGGCCGAGGAGUUUGACGACGCUAAAGAUGCAACCUUGUCAGAGUGUGCUCAGAAAGGCAUUGCAGUGAAACCACGAAGAGGGGAUGCCCUCCUUUUCUUCAACCUUGGCCCAGAUGGCACAACCGAUUCAAUGAGCCUCCACGCUGGAUGCCCGGUCAUAAAGGGCGAGAAAUGGUCAGCUACCAAGUGGAUCCGCGUGGCAUCGUUUGACAAGGUUCAUCACACACGAGGCAAUUGCACCGACCAGAACGAGAGCUGCGAGAAAUGGGCAGCUCUGGGAGAGUGCAUAAAGAACCCAGAGUACAUGGUGGGAACCGCAGCGUUGCCCGGUUACUGCCGGAGGAGCUGCAACGUGUGUUAGCAACUUAGCGUCAGGAUACGAGAAAGUGGGCUCACUGGAACCGUCAAACUUGACUUGAGGAACAGGUUACACCGAGUUGAUUCACAAGGUUUGGCCUGGAUUCUACCGUUUUAUUCUUUUGGUGCUCCUGAUUAGAUACUGGUUCUUCAGUGGUAACCAGGCAGGAGCUGGAAGACAACUCUCUUUGUUAGUGCUUACCACUUAGUUGUAUCCACAGACUACGCUGGGUUUGGUACCUCAUCCAAAAAAAAAAACAUAGGCUGUGCUGGAUGGAGAUGUAUUCAGAACAAGUUUAGUGCAGUAUUACUUAUUUAUUAGAUUGCUUUGGGUCUGCUAGAUCAUAAUUUGUGCCAGAAUUCAAAAACAACUGGAUCCAUUGUCAUCUGUAAUCUUUCUUGAUGAGUGCUGUAAAUUUUCUGGGAAGCCCCCGAAUCCACCAGACAGUAUCUCUCCAACCCUA